UAAAGGAGCUAGGCAAGUUGAACAUUAUAUUAAUAUAAAAUGGGCACAGCUAAGCUUAUUAAUAAAUUCAGCUCAACUGCCACGGGCAUUGCCUAAUUUUCUCUUUAAAUUAAGCUCAUCUCAUGACACUACCACAAUCUUCUCAUUCAAUUAAUUAUAUAUAAUAUAAUAGAUAUUUCUUCUUUUUUUUUUCAUUUUGUGGAUCUAAAAAAUAUGGCCGAUUUCAACAGUGCUAGUAAUAGUACAGGGAAAGAAAAAGAAGAAGAAGAAGAAAUAGUAAGAGUUGAAUUUAGUGAAAUAGAGAAGAGCAAAGUGGGGAUAAUGAGGGCUCUAGUCCAAAAUCAAGAUUCUUCAAAUUCAAAGGAAGUGAAUGAUGAUUUGAUUCUAAGGAGAUUCCUUAGAGCUCGAGACAUGGAUGUUGAGAAAGCCUCUCAAAUGUUCUUAAAGUACUUAAGCUGGAGACAGUCCUUCAUGCCACCCAACGGUGGGUGUUUCACCCACUCAGAUGUGGCCACUGAUAUUGCUCAUAACAAGUUCUUUAUGCAAGGCCAUGACAAACAAGGACGCCCUGUUGUUCUCGUCUUUGGUGGCAGGCAUAAGCAGCAUAACGUCGAUGACUUCAAACGUUUUGUGGUGUAUGUCCUUGAAAAAAUAUGUGGCAGAAUGCCAAGAGGGCAUGAGAAGUUUGUAGCGAUUGCAGAUGUUCAAGGCUGGGGAUAUGCCAAUUGUGACAUUCGUGGAUACCUAGCAGCUCUAUCCAUUCUGCAGGAUUGCUACCCUGAGAGGCUUGCCAAGUUAUUCUUUGUCCAUGUGCCAUACAUUUUUAUGACUGCUUGGAAGAUGAUCUACCCAUUCAUUGACAAAAAUACCAAAAAGAAGAUAGUGUUUGUUGAUAACAAAAAGCUCAAAGGUACUCUACUAAAUGACAUCGAUGAGGAGCAGCUUCCGGAGAUUUAUGGGGGCAAACUACCUCUAGUUCCUAUCCAAGACUGUUGACUUCUGCUAUACACAUUCAUUCAUAACUAUAUUCUAUUAUAUCAUAUUAUGCCAUACCAUAAUUUUUUCUUUCAUCAUUAAUAUUCAUAUUCAUAAAUACAAAUAUAUUACUAUUUUAUUCA